UGAGUCUUCGUUCUGAAUGGUUAUUUCUUCUCUGACGUUCUGAUUGCAUUAGAUAUUUGAAACGUUUACUAUUGGAAAAUGCGAGAUAUUGUUCUGAUAGUUCUCAUAUUUCUUAAUAGCUCAUUUGUUAAUGGAGUUGAAAUCUCGAUAAGUAUUAACCUCCGCGAUGACUCAUCUACUCCGUUGUCGACGUCUUCAUCGUGCGAGAGCGAAUAUGAAAUCACGUCGACUGACAUAGAAGAACUAAAAGACCAACUGUCGGAGAAGCUGGAAGAGCUCAUGUCCCUGAAUCAGCUAGAACUUAACGUUGUUAUUUCAACAAACAUAAAUACUGGGAUUGGUACACAUUUUACGCCCACAACCGAAGUCCUCGACACAACUUCAAGCAUAGUCACCCCAAUUGUUUCAGCAACUUCUACGAGAAGUAAUGAAGAAGUUUCAACGUCGAAAUCCAAUAUGACAUCAGAAGUAACAGACGCUAAUGCAUCUUUUCCAAGCACAAGUUGCGAACUUCAAUUUAACGGAACUUCUUACUGGGGAAGAAUCUUGGAACACUGGAUAAAUUUUACAGAAGCACAACAGUAUUGCAAAGGCCGAAAUUCAAAUCUCCCGACAUUUCCGAACAAUGAGACUUUCCAGAAUGUAACAGAAUACUUUCGAUACAAAAUACCGCCUCCCGAAAGAAAUCAUUAUGCAUUUUGGAUCGGACUGGAGAUAAAUCCAAUCAACUACGAUGUCCCGAAAAACACAUACAUCCAGUGGAAAAAUAAUUUAUCAACUCCACCCAACAGUUAUACCGUGUGGACAAAUGUCAUUGUGCUAGUUUAUCAUUCCCAACUGAUAGAAUCAGCAAUGAGUAAUAGACCGCCGAACCAUAGAAUGUAUGGGAUAGUUUGCUCUUAUCCAAAUUAGAAACUGCAUGACAGUUUUCUGUUCAAGUGAUGAUUUUGUAUAACAAAUUUCAAUUCCGAAUAACUCAAUGAUUGAAAAUCGUGGAUUUUCGAUAACGUGGGGUCUUUUGUAAAACAAUUUUUUUCCUAUUGCUUCUGUUUUAUUAGAAUACCUAGAACAGCACUGAAAAACUGCAUGAGACGUUUUUUGUCGCAAGUAGAUUUUAUAUUUGCAAAACAUUGC